AAUUCAAAAACUGUAAUCGCUAUUCCCAUUUUCCACCAACGCUGCCCGGCCAUGUCCGACGAAUCGGAAACCCGCAACUGGCUGGAGCUGCCGCGCGAAUUGACGGUGGCGAUUCUCUCUCGCCUAGGGCCCGUAGAUAUCCUAACCAGUGCGCAAAGUGUAAGGAUUCCUCCAUGUGGCGAUCUAUCGACUUCCACGAUUACUGCUACCGGCCCUUCCGUGAUCUCGAGGAUAUGUGCAAGCGAGCCGUCGAUCGCAGCAAAGGCGAUUUGGUUAAUAUCAACAUCGAGCACUUUGCUACUGAUUACCUUCUUGAAUGUAAAACUGAGACAUAAGGGAUUGUGCAAAGCAGCUAAGAAACUUGCCUUAGUGGAAGAACUAGACAUUUCAUACUGCUGCUCUAUUGCCUUAGUGGAAGAACUAGACAUUUCAUACUGCUGCUCUAUUUCAGCGGCUGCUCUGAUAGUUGUUGAUCGUCGUUGCCCUCACGUGAAAUCAUUCAAAUACAAUAAACAGGAUAGAUAUCAUUAUGGAUUCACUAACACGUAUGUCUCUCGUGAUAAGACUGCAAAAGCUAUUGCACAAAAUAUGCAUGAACUGCGCCACCUCCAUCUUUUUGGGAAUAAACUGACAAAUUGUGGCUUGGAGGCCAUUCUCGAUGGUUGUCCUCACCUUAAAUCCCUUGACCUGCGCCAUUGUUUCAAUGUUAGUCUGCAAGGGAUUUGCGGAAAAUAUGUGCCAAACAGAUCAAACAUAUACGGCAACCCAAAGAUUCUAUUCAAGACUACAAACUUUAUGAUGUUUACCACAAAUCUGCUUUAUAUGAUGAUGAUGAUGAUGAUGAAGAUGACCCAUCCGAAUCUUCUUACAGUGAUUCAAUGUCUUAUGGGGACUAUGUUUGCGAACUUGAGUAAUCAGAUAGUGACUACCCCAAUGAGCCCUACAAUCAUGUCUCUUUUGAUGAAUACUUGUGUAACGAUUGAUGAAUUUUGAAGAUGAAGCAGAAACUCGAUAAGGUUAUGUAGAUGUUUCCUUUUCCCACAUAGCAUUGUUUUCCUUUAUUAAUUCCUUUCUUUGAUAAUGAAAAAACAUGAGAUAUGAGGCUCUAUAUUGAUUAUUGGAUUUGGGAUUUGGCCUUUAUUUACACAAAGGUUAUGCAAGGCAUGUUCCUAUUUUUAUUGUGAGGGCUGCAUAUCCUGCAGUAAUUUUUGAGAGUCUCCUUGUUUUGCUUUGCUGCUUGUAACUAAUUCUUUUGUUAAACAGCAGUUUGCCUUUGAUGGGCUUUUGCUAUUCUGCACUCUUGUGGUCUUAUGGGCUCUGGAUCUGUUAGAAUCAAGGGGUUAGUAUCAG